AUGCUUUUCUCCUUACGGUCACUGGCAAUCUUUGCUGUCAUCAUUCCUCUCUCGCUCGCGCAGGGAGACAGCGGAGUCACAACAGCUACAACCGAGCGCACAUUUACCGCCUAUGCUACUACGGCGCCCACGUCUACGAAGACCAUCCAUGUCACGAAAAUCCUCGACACAACGACCCAUACGACCACCAGCAGAGUGAUUACCACUAGUCCUCUUCGCUUCACGACAGUGGUGCCCUUUGCAUACGUGUCGACUGUGAAUGUUACAAGCACCUACCAGGCAAUCACCAAUGUUUUCACGAGCAACUUCACGACUACUGAGUACAACAUUGUCAAUACAACCGCAACGGAGUAUAUCAACGCCACCGCCACAACCGGCACCACGCUCCUGACGGAGAGCCUUGUCACGAUCCCCACCCCGACUGGCUUCGUUCAUGUGCAGGACAGUGCCGGGAACUACAAUUACAACAGGACGUCCAAACGCGGUACCGAUUCCGAAAACGACAUGCUCCUACCUCGCCAGGAUUCCGCGUCUUCGCCUGAUGCCACAUUUAUAUCUCUCAUUUCCAUCGUCACACGCUUAGCGCCACAGACAACUUCCACCGUUUUCGUAACUUCCACUAGAACGAGCACUCAAAAGCCUGCUGCUACAAUCACCUCUGCCACCACCUCGACCAUUACAAAUACCAUUGGCGUCCCCGACAGACCAGUCAAUUCGACAAUUACAUCGACAUUCACCACGAGACAGAAUCUGACCCGAGCUGUUACCGUACAGGCAGAGACAACCGUCGCGACCAUCACGACCACCCAAACCAAUUACACGGCAACCAGAACAACCUACGCAGCCUGCGCGACCGACAAUCUUCUCGGCCCCCGCCUCUCAGCCGGCAACUACAUCAACAGAGUCGUUGACAACAACCGCGCCAACGUCGGCUCAGGCACCAACGCCACCUCCAGCUACGAAUGCUGCACAAUCUGCCAGGACGCUACCGAGUCGUGUGAUUUUGCGUACUUUGACAGCGUGGCCACUACCAACAAAUGCACGCUGUACCGGUCGUCGACUGCGACCUUCGCCAACGCAACCUGCUCGCACUCGCAAGCCGGGUUCUUCACCGCCAACAGGACCACCGAGAAUAGGUUCACCGUGAUCAACGGGCCGUGUGGGCAGCUCGUCCAAGGAAAUCCAAACAGGGUGUCGACCAUGUGA